UGACCGACUGACAGAUGGUUGUGACGCGUAGAUUCGAUUCAUUCAAAAGUCAAAAACAAAACCCAAUUGGAUCUGUAGGAAAGGAAAGAGGCGAGGUUUAUAAUUAGUUAAUGUUAAAUUUGAAGCCAAAAAAUUGAAAAAAUAUAAAACCCAGCCAGUGGUUAGCUUCAAGUAAGAAUGGGGGAUCUGGUGAGACGGUUUAGAUUGCAAGGAAUCGGUAACUGGUUUAACAAGAAGGUCGUUGAUCCUUUUGUGGAAAUCCUCAGCAGGGGAGCAGAGCCUAAGCAGUUAGCAUUAUCUGCCGCUCUUGGCAUCACUUUAGGAGUGUUCCCAAUUGUUGGAGUGCCUUUUUUCUUCUGUGUGCUGGCUAUAGCAAUGCUUGGAAAUUCUAUAAACGCCCCGACUGUCAUGCUAGCCAAUUUCAUCAUUACUCCAAUAGAGCUGAGUUUGGUGAUAGUAUUCUUACGCUUUGGUGAGUUUCUUACGGGCGGAGCUCAUUUUCCGUUAACUUCUGAUGCUUUAAGGAAGGUAUUGACCGGCAAAGCUUCUAUGGAGAUCUUUCUAAGCAUUGUUCAUGCGUUGUUGGGAUGGUUGGUUAUGGCCCCGUUUAUCCUGGGAAUACUGUACAUCAUAUGUGUACCGUGUUUCACCAUAUUGCUCCGCAAGUUCAACUCAACGGCGUCAAGCCCAAAGAGAGAUGAUGCGACCUCUUACGUUGAAGUGAUGUUUAAAGAAAGGGAUGCUUGAUUGGUUUAUUAACACGAAAAUUUGAGUACUAUCUUAUUUGGACAACGGUUCGGGUAAACAGCAAACGCUUCGCCCACUGCCACCCACCAACACCAUGUAGUAGGGGUAUGUUUUAUAUAUUUGUGAUUUUCUUACAUGAACACAUUUUCUUGAUUUUUCAUUGAUUAAAAUUGGUGAGAUAUAAAGUUGAAACAAAUCUGAAAAUAUCAAUUGCUCCAAGUAAAGUAGCAUUGCAUUA